UUGAGAUUAUUUAUUAUUAAUAUUAUCCGUCAUGUGUACUGUUUCUGUAUUACUAAACAUAUAUACAUGGGUACAUGUCAUGUAUGGCCCAUGCAUUAUUGCUUUCUAUUAUUCACUAUCAUGCAUCCAUUGUAAUAUAUAUAUGUAUGCUGCAUGCACGUAAGAAGUCAUGCAAGCUAUCACUCUCUCAACACUAGUUCAUAUUUUUAUCAUUAGUUUUAUUUAAAUUUAACAUGGUAUCAGAGCCAAAUCCUGGAAAUCACGAUAUCAGUUACUUUUGAGAUAUUUCAUUUUUCCCUCAUAUCAACAUGACGGGAACGCCGCCUGACACGCGUACCUGGAUCAUUGAUUCCGGAGCAAGUGAACACAUCACUUGUGAUAUUACAAAUCUUUUUAACGUUUCUACUCACUCAUCUGAACCAGCAGUGAGAAUUCCCAAUGGGGAGUUAGUUCCAGUUUCUGCAGUUGGUAGCUUGUAUUUGUCUAAUGGAUUCCAUCUUCGUCGUGUUCUUUUUAUCCCACAGUUUCAAUGCAACCUCCUCUCUGCUAGUCGCCUCACAGGUGACCUAAAUUGCACACUCACAUUUUUCUCAGAUUUCUGUAUCUUUCAAGACUUACCCUCAAGAAAACUAAUUGGCAAGGGUGGAUUUUAUAACGGUCUUUACUACUUAGAAUUACCUAUAGGUGAAAGGGUAGCAAUGAGAGCCACUCUUGAUUCUAAUUUAUGGCACCGGCGUUUGGGUCAUGCCUCAAAUGGAAAAUUACGACACAUUUCAUUUCUCAAAGGUUUACAACAGAAUAGUAGCUUUUGUGAUCCUUGCUUACGAGCCAAACAGACUCGAUUGCCCUUUCCCAAUAGUACAAGUAAGAGUACAUGUUGUUUUGAAUUAAUACACUGUGAUAUAUGGGGAAGCUAUAGGUGUGACUCUACUUCAGGAGCACGCUAUUUCUUGUCCAUUGUUGAUGAUUUUUCAAGAGGUGUUUGGGUUUACCUCAUGAAAAGUAAGUCUGAAGUAUGUCAAAAAUUGAUACAUUUUUGUAAUAUGAUAGAAACCCAAUUUGAGAAACGGGUUAAACGGAUACGUUCAGAUAAUGGAAUGGAGUUUCAAACCAACAUUUUAUCUGAAUUUUAUGGCCGGCGUGGAAUUAUUUUGGAAACAUCGUGCACAGACACUCCCCAACAAAAUGGGGUUGUGGAGCGUAAGCACAGACAUAUUUUAGAAGUUGCUAGGGCUUUCCGUUUUCAAUCAGGAUUGCCAAUUGAUUUUUGGGGGGAAUGCAUUCUUACUGCCGUUUAUAUUAUCAAUAGGCUACCUUCGCCUGUUAUUCUAAACAAAAGUCCCUAUGAAAUAUUAUUUGGGAAGGAACCUUACUAUGAACAUCUUCGCGUAUUUGGGUGUCUGGUGUAUGCACACGACAACAAACGCAAGGACAAAUUUGGCGAAAGGGGGAGUCCUUGUGUAUUUCUUGGUUAUCCCAACGGUCAGAAGGCUUAUAGAGUAUUUGAUUUGCAAAGGCAAAAUAUUUACAGCUCUCGAGAUGUCACAUUUAUUGAAAAUGAAUUCCCAUUUAAAAUGAUAAAUCAUGAAGGGCAUGAUUUUGCUGAUAUUGUUGACCGUGCAUACAAAGAAAUAGUGUGCCGCAGCAGUACGGUUUCACAUGGAGAUCAUCGCACCAGAUCAAGCGGUGAACACCCGGGCCGAACUCAUGACCACCGUGCAGCAGUAUAUCAGCCGGAGCAUCUCCCUUUAAUUAGCGUGGAGCCAGACAACCAUCUUGAGGAGGUCUGCGGCUCCACUCCCGUCUGCAGAAGCUCAGAUGAGCCUGACAUGAGGAGCAGCUUGCACAGAAACGGUGCUGAAACAAAAGUGGGGCCAACUCCUCGUCACCUCUCAUCCACCGAACAGCAGCCCCAUUCUAAUGGGGACAAUCCUGGAAAAGGCAGCAUCACGGGUAGAGGUAGUGAAGGCACACAUGCUGGGCCAUCUUCCCAUCCACUCUUAGCUACCGAACAAUUCCCUCCAGACACUUUUUUGGAUGGACAUGAGACAAAUACUCAAACUCAUUCACGUUCUAUGCAUCCCACACAAGUGAACCUUCCACCGGGCCCCAAUGAACAAAUGAAUGGAGAGAAAACUGUGGAACCACAUUUAAGAAGUCACCCACGUGAUAUAACUUCAUCUACGGAUGACAUUAGAAGAGGUAACAGGCUUCGGCUACUGCCUAAGCACUUCACCGAAUAUGACGUUGACCUGCCGCCUUCUUUGGUUCAUUCACAGCCAACCACAAAUCAAGCGGACUCAAUAAUGUACCCAAUUUCUAAUUUUAUCACUUAUGAGAGGUUUUCUAAUAAACACAAAGCUUUUCUGGCAGCCAUCACUUCUCAUGAUGAGCCAAAACAAUUUUCACAGGCCAUAUUAGUUCCGAUGUGGCGACAAGCUAUGCAACGGGAGAUCCAUGCUUUAGAAGAAAAUGGUACCUGGACCUUGGUUCAGCUACCACCGGGAAAGAAAGUAGUAGACUCUAAAUGGGUUUAUAAAAUAAAAUAUAAACCUAACGGCGAUGUGGAACGCUACAAGGCAAGACUGGUUGCCAAAGGCUUCACACAAGUUGAAGGAAUUGAUUUUCACGAGACCUUUGCUCCAGUUGCCAAACUCGUCACAGUACGAUGUUUGUUGGCCGUUGCUGCCAAACGCAACUGGGAAGUACAUCAAUUAGAUGUCAAUAAUGCUUUUCUCCAUGGAGAUCUUUUAGAAGAAGUUUACAUGCGUAUUCCCCAAGGAUUUAGAAAAGGUGGCGACACUCGUGUUUGCAAAUUACAAAAAUCCAUUUAUGGCCUACGCCAAGCAUCUCGUAAUUGGUACCACAAGUUUACUCAAUCACUUUUGGCGGUUGGAUUUCGUCAAUCACGAUCAGAUCAUUCCUUGUUCAUUUUUCAACAAGGUAAAAACCACACCUUUGCUCUCAUAUAUGUUGAUGAUGUCAUCCUAGCUGGAAAUGAUGCGUCACAUAUCACAAGAAUAAAAGGGUAUUUGAAUGACCAGUUUAGCAUCAAAGACUUGGGUACACUAAAAUAUUUUCUCGGAAUCGAGGUCGCUCGUUCUCCCGAGGGUUUUGUACUAAGUCAGCGCAAAUAUACACUUGACAUCCUAAAAGAAAGUGGUCUCCUAGCUGGUCGUCCCAGUCAGUUUCCCAUGGAACAGAACUUGAAACUUCGGCCUGAUGAUGAUAGCCCGCUAGUAGACGCUUCCUCGUAUCGGCGCUUGAUUGGCCGUUUGUUGUACCUCACCGUGACUCGCCCUGACAUUGUGUUCUCUGUUAGUCAGCUUAGCCAAUUUCUAAGCCAACCACGCCAAUCUCAUUUUGACGCCGCCAUACGUGUUCUUCGUUACUUAAAACAGACUCCGGGUCAAGGAAUUUUCUUAUCUGCAGAUAAUGAUUUCUCUUUGAAAGGUUAUUGUGAUGCUGACUGGGCAGGAUGCUCUUACACUCGUCGAUCUAGCACUGGAGGACGAAGAAACAGUCUCGGCAAUUCUCCAGUUUCUUGGAGGACGAAGAAACAGUCUGUUGUUUCACGUUCUUCCGCAGAGGCAGAAUACCGUGCCAUGGCCGUCACAGUUAGUGAAAUUUUAUGGCUACGAUGGUUACUUCACGACUUAACCGUUCCUCAAACUGGUCCCACAUCACUCUUCUGUGAUAAUCAAGCUGCUCGACACAUUGCACUUAACCCCGUUUUUCAUGAACGUACCAAGCAUGUAGAAAUGGACUGUUACUUUGUUCGCGAACGUGUUGCCAGUGGGGAAAUACAACCAUGUUGUAUUUCUACAACACAUCAGAUUGCUGAUAUUUUCACUAAGGCACUUGGCACUGACCGUUUUCAGUUUCUCAAAAGCAAGUUGGGUGUCCGUAACCUACACACGCCACCUUGAGGGGGAGUAUUGAGAUUAUUUAUUAUUAAUAUUAUCCGUCAUGUGUACUGUUUCUGUAUUACUAAACAUAUAUACAUGGGUACAUGUCAUGUAUGGCCCAUGCAUUAUUGCUUUCUAUUAUUCACUAUCAUGCAUCCAUUGUAAUAUAUAUAUGUAUGCUGCAUGCACGUAAGAAGUCAUGCAAGCUAUCACUCUCU